AUGUUUCCCCCCGGGGCUAGCGCUGCCGCGUCGUCGCGAGGCGCGUCGCAGUCGCACGGCUCACUCGCCGAGUUCAUCAGGCGAUGCUGCGAAGACGUCGGUCGAGGGGACGAUGUCGAUACGAUCGCCGCGGUGACCGAGGUGCUCAGGGUCAACAAGUACCGCCGGCCGGACGACCUCGCGACGUUCUCGGAGAAGGAGGCCAUGGAAAUUGGCGUGCCGCUCAGGCUGGCCAUCGCGAUGCGUAAGCGACUGUCUGGAGCCGGAAUGGCGAUCGACGACGCCAUCGCGGCAGUACCCAAGCCGGAACCGAUUGUAUCCAAGCCCCCGGCGCCCAAAUCGAUGUUCCCGACGCUACGCGAGAUGGCCGAGGAGGCUGCGCGGCGCAAGGAGACGAGGGUGGCUAAGGAGGCGGAGGCGGCGACGUCGACGCGGACGACGACGGACUCGCCGCCCGCGAGGUGCGCGCCGAUGCGCGUCGAACACCACGGCAACGUCACGAACACCCGCGCGACGCGAAGGCCCGAUAAGACCUCCAUGACGGACUACCGCCUGCGCCGCGACGAGAUGCCGGCGUCGUUGAUUGACGAGCUCGACGCGCUGCGGCGUUUUCUCACCGUCCGCAGGCUCGGCGCCGUCGACGAGCCCAUAAAGGAGGUCACCGCGAUGAAGUACGAGGACCACCUGCGCGGCCUGUUGGGGUGGAUGCGAUCGCACGUCAAGCCCAACUUCCCAAUCGAGAAGCUCACCAGCCUCAGGGCGGCGUUCCCCACGCCCGACAGGCGAGGCGCUCAGCUGGCGUUUGAGCACAUCCAGUGGCUGGUCAACGAGCGCAAGUGCAGCGCGAAUUACGAGCUCGUGGCGCUCAGGGCGUUCAUAGCGGCGGCGAAAUUCGUGCACGGCGGGGACGAGGACGACGUGGGGUCCGGCGACGGACUCGAUAAGCCCUACGCGAAGCUCGGCUUGGUCCAGCAGCUGCGAAAAAUCUCAAAGGAAACCGGGCGCCGGGCUGAGCGUGAGUCGCCGGUCGCGGACGCGCGCGUCAAGUGGCUGGACUGGUCGCAGUACCUCGGCGUGGUCGACGCGUUGCGGGAGGAGUGCGCGGCGCUGGAUAAGGACGGGCGCCGCAGAUCUCCGAGCGCGGUGGCGUGGAGCGUGCAGCGUUACCUCAUCUUCGGGAUCCUGUCGUGCGUUCCGGACAGGCAACGGACCGUGCGGGAGCUGGAGAUUGGCCGAACGCUGUUCCAGGAGCGCGCGGUGAAGGGCGGUGCGACGUUGGCGGGUGAAGGGGAAUCCCCGUCGUCGGCGUCGGGUAAGGCGGGUGAGUAUCGGUGGGUGAUUCGGCACGGCCCCGACGAUUACAAGACGGGUCGCGACUACGGAGUCCGACCGCCCAUGGUCAUCCACCCAAAGUUUUACCCCGCGCUCGAGGACUUCGUCGCGAACCACAGACACCACCUGUGCGAACCCGCUCACGGUCUGCUGUUCAGCACUCGUUCGGGUGCGCCGCUUCGGGACAAGGACGUGCACCGGAUCCUGACCAGCACCAGCUACCGCCUGACGGGCAAGCGGGUCAACCCGCAUCUGGUCCGUGACAUGAUCAUCACUCACCUGCGGGGCACGGACGCGAGCGAGCGAGAGCUGGAGGCGCUGGCUAUAUAUAUGGGUCACUCGCUGGCGAUGCAGAAAGGAACCUACGACAGGAGGACCAAGGAGGAGAAGGUGGCGCCGGCCAUCGACUUGUUGGAUUCGGUGAAUGCAAAGAUGCGCGCCUGAUAG